UGACAUCACUUGGGGGGUUUUGCUAGUGGUGCAGUAUGUUUGGGAGUUUCCCGCCAUAGGCAGCAGAGCAGCAGCACAACCCUCCUGCCCUCUGCGCUUCAUCGCCGCCUCUGACAGGUCAGUGGGCUCUUUAAGAGAAAAGCCUCUGCAUCUGCUGAUCUGUCAGCAGGCGCGGUGCCGCCCUCACCGCACGUCCUGGUACUGCACCUCCGGGCACCGACAGACACCCGGCUCGCUGAGGGACACGCUCAGGUGUUUGUGUACCUGAUGAGCCCAGCGGAUGAGACUGUUCGUUAUGAAUAAUCGAUGACUGGAAUUAAAAUGCGCCGGACCCACCGUCCUCGCCAUUCCGAACUAUGCAAGUGUACAAGGUAACCGGACUGAACUGCAGGGGAGGCACACGGCCACGCUUUAAGUCCGGAUCACAUCAUACAUGUUUUAUAUACAACCAUGACAUUUUUUUAAAGCUCUGGGAUGGACGACGUCUGCCAGUUCACGCCUGUAAUUUCAGACACAGCAUUUCUCCUCUUUGGUGAUUUGGCUGGUUCGGCGACUGGAGGAAGCUGCAGCGGCAGUUUGAUCAAACACUGGAGCUCAGUAUGUCCGGAAUGAGUCUCAGCGAGCUGCCCUUAGAGAGCUGGAUGUCUCACCUGCCGUGUGCUCUGUGGGACACCCCGCUGUAUCACCUGGCCAUCCCGGGCAGUCACAAUGCAAUAACCUACUGUCUGGAUACAAAUGACAGAUCCCCUGUUGACCCCACUCAGCCAGACAUGCUUCAAAAGCUGGACAGAUACAUGAAGCCCCUUAUUCGCCCCUUUGUGUACAAGUGGGCAGUAACACAGGAGUACAGUAUAAAGCAGCAGCUGGACUGUGGGGUCAGAUAUUGUGACCUGAGAAUUGCACACAGGCCCAAUGACAGUUCCACAGAUCUCUACUUCUACCAUGGUGUUUACACCACACUCACUGUGGAGACUGUUCUAAUGGAGAUAGGAGAGUGGCUGGAUGCUCACCCCAGAGAGGUGGUCAUUCUGUCCUUCAGCCACUUCCUCGGCUUGAGCCAGGAGCUUCACAUGCUGCUGCUCACAACCAUACGCAAUGUGUUCACCUCCAAACUCUGUCCCAAAACGGAAGUGUUAACUCUCAGAAACCUGUGGGCUAUAGGCUACCAAGUGAUAGUGUCCUAUGAGCACAACAUUGUCAGCUGUCACAGCGACCUGUGGCCGCAUAUUCCUUAUUGGUGGGCCAAUAAAUGCAAAGCUGAGGCUCUUAUUGAGGAGUUUGAACACAGGAAGCAGCAUGGCAGACCAGGAGGUUUCUUUGUCACAGGAAUUAAUCUGACAGAGGAUCUGAAGUACAUCUGCACACACCCGACAGAGUCCCUGAAAGACUUGGUGAUGUCCACAUAUCCCAUGCUGCUCAGCUGGGUUAAGGAGCAGACGCCUGGCUCUAAAGUCGAAUCUCUCAACAUCAUCGCUGGAGACUUUAUCACAGAGAGCCAGUUUGUCCAAACUAUCAUUACACUGAAUGAGAAACUACUGAAGUGAUCCUCAUGACUUUUCACCAGUAUGGUAUUAUUUUACAAAAGAUGUACUGUAAAUGACAGCAUGAGCUUGUUUUGUUAAGAGGAACAGAAAAAAAUACUCAGAUACUUGAAUUAGCACUUAUUUGAGGCAGUGAAAUGAAUAUUUCAGUCUUAAAGCUGCUUGGAAACUGACUUUUUGGUAUUUUGUCCUGCUCUUGUUUGUUUACAAGCGCUCCACUAUUUAUGCAGUGUACUAUAUCAGUUUUCAGGAGUCGGCAAGGUGGACAGUUUUAUGUUAUGACCAAAGCAAUAAUGAUACAAAUAAUCUCACCUUAACAUAGGUAUUUUAGAUGAAUAGCACAAACAAUGUAUUCAAAGAACACAUAGCACUGUAAUGUAGGACACAAACUUUUAUAAGUGUGACAUGUGGGCAGAGGGUUUAAGAAGUAGGUAAACUGUAUAACCUAAAUGUAUUUAUCCAUAGAGAAUGUAGAGAAGACAGAAAACGUAUGCAGAAUGCAUGGAAAAGUUAUUUGCAUGAACCCAACCUUGACUGUUCAACUUAUAGUUGAUGUUAGCCAACAGGUUAGGCCUUGAUUUAAAAUGAUCCUGCACCUCUGUGCCUGUUGAGACAAGCUUUUCCAAUAAACGUGGCAUUUUUAAGCAAAUAAUCUCUUUAUUCAUGCACUAUUCAGAAAGAAUAAUCACUUUCUUUUUUUAGAUGCAGUGCCUGUACUGGACUAUCUUGCUCUUGACUCACCAAGCCAUUUGUUUUAAUUUAAACAAAAGAAGUGAUUGCACCUUGGUUGUUUGUGGCCAUACAGGGAGUGUCACACUGUGGAGUCCAGGCUUUUGUGUUCUCUUGUGGUAUGCUCUCUUUUUCAAUGCUUUUGCAUUAUCUUCCAAAAGCUUGUGAUCCCUAAAUAAUGACAAGGGUUUACUAAAGCUACACCAUUGAAGCCUGUGCACUGACAAAAGAUCUGUGACUACCUGCUUUGUAUAUUAGCAGCACAUUGAAAAACAAAGAAAUAAUUCAUGUAAAACUCUUUUAGUCAGAUGACUUUAUUGUAAAAAUCUCAAAAAAGGGAUGUACAGUUAAGGAGAAUUCCUCCUGGUAGAUGUAGUUGAUUUAUGUAUGUCAAAUGUAUGGAAAUGUAGAUUCUGUGCUGCUGAAAUAAUUUUCAGUCUAAUUACAAUAAAUAAUUCAAUAAUUGUACAUAACUGUACAAGUAAAAAUUCUAAUAUAAACGACAUUUCCAUUAGAAAAUCUACUUUCUAAAUUAAUACCUUAAUGAAAUAUUUCUGUUGUUAAAUUCAGAGCUGACCAGCAGAGCUCUGCUUGAGCCGGUGGACAGUAACAGAUGAGGUCACCAGUCCAAAUGAAAGUCGGGCCGAGAUCAUCGGUCCGCCAUCUUGUUGUCUGCACCCAGGUACUCUUUGGUUGAACUACGCUAAAAAAAAA